GGCGCGAUGUCGCUCACGACGAUGAGAGUUUUGGCUCUUGCUGUCGCAGGCGUGGGACCGGGAGCUUCGAAAGGCACGAGGAUGGGACCCCUCCCUGCGACUGCUUCACAAUCUCGGGCUGUGGCAGUGCCGAGGUGGCAUCUUUUCGGCAGAAGCCCGAUGCGGGCAAGGCUUCGCCCAGACCUUCGGCCAGCCCCAGCCGCGUGGGCGUCUUCGAAAGCGAAGUGCACCGAGA